AUGGAGCAGUGGGUGAGUUGUAAAAAUUCUGGUAAAAGUAAAAGAGUGGUGUCGGUGGGAUAUGAACAAGUUGAACGAGAUUUAUACAGGUGGUUCAUCAAUUGUCGGUCGAAAAAGGCCACUAAAUUGGCAGAAAAACUCGGAAUCAGUGAUUUUAAAGCUUCAAACGGUUGGCUUGACCGGUUCAAACGACGGCACAAUAUCGUCUGCAAACAAAUCAAUGGAGAAGCAAAUGAUGUAAAUCAAGAUACAGUUGAAAAUUGGAAACGCAAACUCUUAGUUCUCAUUAAAGGGUAUGAAGCUAAAGACAUUUAUAAUGCCGACGAAACUGGUCUUUUUUUUAGAGGGAUCCCUACCAAGUCUUUAGUAAUAAAGGGCGAUGCGUGUGUUGGUGGUAAAAAAUCUAAGGAUAGGUUAACUGUAUUAAUGUGUGGGAGCAUGGCAGGUGAAAUAAGGAAACCUCUUGUUAUAGGCAAAUCCAUGAAACCUCGUUGUUUUAAGAAUAUGAAUAUUGCUUUGUUACCUGUGACUUGGAAAUCUAACAAGAAGGCUUGGAUGACGGCCGAAAUAAUGGAACAGUGGUUGCAAUAUUUCAAUGCAGAUAUGCGAUCACAGAACAGAAAUAUUUUAUUAUUUUUGGACAAUGCGACAUGUCAUCCUUACAUUGAACUGUCUAACGUGAAAAUUCAUAUGCUACCCCCAAACACCACUUCGGUUUCUCAACCGAUAGACCAAGGAGUUAUUUACACCUUUAAGUCGUACUAUCGUAAAUUUAUGUUACAGUCGCUUGUGUGCAAAAUUGAUAGUUCUACUUCGGUUCACCAGCUUGCUACUUCGAUAACUGUGUUAGAUGCUGUAAAUUGGAUUUCUUUAUCGUGCAAUAGUUUAAAAAAUGAAUGUGUACAAAAUUGUUUCCGUAAAGCUGGAUUCUUGAUUGAUGGAUCGGACGUGAAUCCCAAUGAGAAUGCCCUGACUGAAAUUCAAGAUAUCUUUGCUGCACUUGAUUUUGACCAAGAACCAUUUCUGCACAUUGAUGACCAACUUGAGACGCAGCAAACCCAUGAUUCGGCUUUAUCCAUGGUUGAGAAUGAAAGUGAAAAAGACGAAGACAACGACGAAAACCAAUAUGAAGAACCAGAAAAUAUGGUAAAAGAUUACAAAACUGCUAUCUGCUACCUCGAGGAACUACAAAAAUUUUCCCUCACAGUAUCUAAUAGUGAGCUUUUGGAUUUUAUUUCGAGAGCCAAGGAGUGUGUGGAACGCGACGCCUUACAAAAUAAAAAGCAAAAAUCAAUAACCGAUUUUUUUCAAAAAAUAUAA